CGAACAUCCCGGAAUAUUAGAGUUACAUUAUUAUUACAUCUGAUGAAUGUAGCUGCAGUUGCGCACUUUCACCACCAGGGGUCUCCCCGCCUCCAACCACAUGCCGUCGUCAGGGCAACCAGACUGUCAUGGCAACCUCGCUGACGCUCAAGAGGUACUUCCUGCUGAAAGUCGUGAAUUGGAUUGAAAGCGUCUCAUAAGUAAUGCGCGCAGACGGCGUUUCUUACGUUUUAACGUGUAAUUUAGCUUCGGUAGCACGAAUCUGCUCUUCAACACAGCUUCCCUGACAGCAGCAGGAGGACAGCAACAUCAACUUACACGACUUUCUUUACUCUUUUCGUGAAGGACUGAAGCCAAGAAACCACCGGGGAUCUUCACAGUCUUCUUCCAUCUUUAACAGCUGCUUAUCGAUGCAUUUAACAAGGCCAAAGUCCUCCAAGGGGCGAAGCAGACCCACUGUCAACAACUCUGAAUACACAGGUGACACAGACAGCAUCCAGGGGCCACCCGAGUCUCCAGACUCACCUGUGUACAGCAGGCCGGACAGAAGCCUCCGCUCCCAGUCCCAGCCCAUAAUGUGGCAGGCCAGCCAGCUGAGCCCGGAUGAAGUUCUGCAGAUGCUGCAGCACUCCCCUGCGACUCCACGGCAGUCCUUGAACAAGUACAAGGUUCUUCCCUCCAUAGAGAGGAGGCAGUCAGAGGUGAGUCCUGGGCGAAGCCUGGAGAAACAGAUGUCCAAGCUCAGCCUGUCUGAUGAUGCCCUCCUGCAGCAAAGGCACAGGCAUGAGGAGCCAGAUCCCCCCGCAGAGACCCAGACCAGCAGCUCCGAGGUGGACAAGAGGGCUGAUGUGCACCCAAGGGUCAUCCCUAAGCCCCCUGACCCGGGACCAACGCUGACCAAAGAGGCUGGUGCCACUGGGAGUUUGCUCCUAGCCGUCCGAGCGCCAUGCGGUAGGAGGUUUCAGCAGCACUUUGACCCCACAGACACGCUGCAGGUGGUGAGAGGCAGUGCAGAGGUCAGGUACGGAGCCACGUAUGGAGGCACUUCCAUUGAGACCAUGGAUGUGCCACGCAGGACCUUCACAGACAUGGAUAUGACCCUGGCCCAGUGUGGCAUCUUGAACAGAUCGGUGCUGUGCAUCUCUCAGAAUGACAGUGUGGUGGAGCACGAGUGAGCAUGAGCUAUUUUUAAAGUUUUGUAGUUGAAGUGCCUCUGUUAAAUAAAUAUGUUUCUUCACUUGGAUGUGUGAGAAGAAGAAUGAAGUUUAAUGCUCAAAGCUUCUCUGUGCUCACCUCGCCAUCUGAAGUUUAAGACGUGUACAUAAGAGCAUGAUCUUUAACCAGUUUGGAGCCAAUCAUUGUCCCAUGUGCACCUUACAGAAGUGUGAAAAACCUCCAGUGCACCAUGAGAAGUCACUCAGAUAUGUGUGAGAUAUGUAUGAUUUUCUACUAGUUCAUUUCAUUUUUGUUUUUGGAAAAAAUAAACCCAUAUCAGACUCAAAUUAGUCAAAACAUCUUAAAACAUUGGUAACUUGUUUUGCUGUACUAUUUAAUCAGAAUACUUCAGGCAGGUACAUUGAAAUGUAUUCUUUAUGGCUGUUACCUGUAUGGUCUUUUACUUAGACUAUACAAGAUUUUAUCAAGAAAUAGGAGGUAAUUAGCAAAUGAAGAACUUCAAUCUGCUGUCAGUUAUCAGUUCUUGAUUUAAGGAGGAUAAUCUGGUUUAUCUGUGAUGUGGUUGCAGUAGUUCUGGCAUUUAAAACCAAAGCAUAAUCAGAGAUGCUGCGGACAAAUGCAGCAAUGAAAAGCGUUUCUUUGUUUGUCGCCAUUUUCCACAUCUUCUCUUUGGUGGGUGAGGUUCUUGUAUGCCAAAUUAAGUCCUUUCAUCACAAUGCGGAGGCACAGAAGUAUACUCAUCACUAGCUUGUCAAUAUAGGUCUUUUUCACAGAAGACAAUUUUACACAGCAGGGAAAGCACAGACGCAAUUAAUAAAGUUAAUGAUGGCCAUUAUUAGUCACACCUGUUCUUUUCUUUCCAACGCAUUAUGAGAAAGGCCUUUUUCAAACACCUCUCCUCUCUUCUGAUUAAGAACUCCUUUUAUGUUUUCAGUCUGAAUGGAGCCACAGAAAUGACUUCUCUAUAGAUGAAGACUCAAAGUACCACAAUAGGACUAAUCAAAUGUCUUUCAACAUAAAUACAGGACAUUCAUCUCUGGAAGACGUAAACAAACAAUUACACACUAGUGCAGAAAAUUAGGAGGUUACAGGAUUCUUGUCUUUUUGCACAGAUUGUAUAUUCACUGAAGAAAUAUAUUUUAAUUGUAUAUUAUGUUUAAUAAAGGUUCAAUGGAUUCAU